CCAAACAAAGAAUACAAACACAAGUCAUCAAUGGCGUUCAAGCAAAAUUUGGUGCAAAAAUUGUUCAAAAUCUGUAGUAACAAAUCCUCAAAUCAAACGUUAAGGACUUGCCGCAUUUCUUCAUCGUCAUCUUCCACAGUUCAAUCUCUGAUGCCACCGAAUCUCGACGGAGUAGCACCUGAUCCCGGAGAAGACUCCAUCUUCCGGCGGUUUCUGCAGCGGCGGCCGUUGUAUCUGUCAGCUUCCGCCACCUUGCCGGAGAUCUUCCGUCCUGGCGGUGAGAAGUUGUUGGAGACGCUCAGGGAGAUCGACAUUGCCAGAAACCGAGUGCGACUUAACGGACUUAUCGGCACUCGGAGUUCGUCGAAGACGGAGAACCAGCAGUUGACGGUGGCUGACGCUAAGAAGAUCCUUCGAGCGUCGCAAAUCGCAACGGUGAAAUCAAAGUUGAAAAGUAGUUGGAAAAAUCAUGUCUCGUACGAUGAAUUCAUUCAGAUGUGCAUAGAUGGAUGUUCUAACAGAGAUCAAGGCGUGGAUCUCGCAAAAGCUCUCGAUGAUUCCGGUUCCGUCAUCGUGUUAGGAAACGUCGUUUUCCUUAAACCUGAACAGGUAGUGGAAGCCAUUAACGGACUGAUGAUCGGAGAUGAUGAACAAAUAACGGAACUGGAAGAGAUGGAGCGGUGGAAAUCGGCGAUCGACGAGAAGGCAGAGAAGGCGGUCCGGCGAGAGCUUUGGGGCGGAUUAGGGUAUCUGGUGGUGCAAACGGCGGCGUUUAUGAGGUUAACAUUUUGGGAGCUUUCAUGGGAUGUAAUGGAACCGAUUUGCUUCUAUGUGACGUCAGCAUAUUUCAUGGUUGGAUUUGCAUUUUUCAUAAGAACAUCAAAAGAACCUUCAUUUGAAGGGUUUUUUGAGAGCAGGUUUCGUGUGAAACAGAUGAAGAUGAUGAAGACGGAAGGUUUUGAUGAAGAAAAAUACAAAAGGAUGAAGAAAGCUUGUGGGUUUCAUGGCCAUGGCGGAUUGAAAGAUUCUCAAGAAUCUUUGAUUUCAUGAUAAUGAAAUUGUAUAUAAUUUCAAGAAACACAAUUUUGUUUUUAACAUAAAACCCUUUUUUAAGAAGUGGGUUUGAUCGUAAAUUGA